AUGAAGGCUCCAGCUUCCACAGCCUUGCUGUGGUACGACCCUCUGGAGCCCAAAGAGCUGCAGGCCUGCUCAGCGGCCACCUUUCCUGAUGGGUCCAUGUUCAACCCCAUCAAUGCCACGCAAGUGGGGCUGGUUUGGCGAGUCUGCCGGAAAGCCAUCUUUGUCAAAAACGGAGGUGCAGAAGCCGAUUUCAUUGACGUCGAGCCGUGGAACGAUCCGAACACCACAGCGCAAAGCCUUCCUGCAGUACCAGAUGGGGCUACCAAAGCGACAGGGGUAAAAGAGCAUGUCCUUAAGAUGGCCUCCCUUGUCGACCAGUCGGACGAGAGCGAGUUAAUACCAGCAGCCCCGGACAAGGUGCAGGAGUGGAUCCAGCGCUACAUCACGACCAUGGGCUCCCCACCAGAAGAGGAGGAGGAGGCAACAGACGCUCAGCUUGCAGCGUUGUACAAGCGCACAGUGGUGCUGAAGCAGGCGCCUUACUGUGACUUCAGCGUUUGGACUCCCUUCGGAAGGAGGGCACUGAGGAGUCAGAAGUUCCGCACCUUUGUGCCUCUGGGAGACGGCAGCUUUCUGGCCAAAGAACUACCUGGACCGCAAAACCUUCAACAGUGGUUGGCGUCGUGGAGGGUGUUCAAAGUUGCGGCAAUCUCCCUGGGCAUCAUUUCUUUGGCGUCCCUCCAGCAGUACGAGAAGUUGAUAGAGAGGUUGACCUUGCACUGGCCCCAAGCUUGGGGCCUGAUAGCCUUGGCGGACGACAAGGCCAGAGCCGAGCGCCUGGAGAAGAUACGUCGUGGACUUGUUGCAGACCAAGCUUCGGGAAGGGAAGUGCCACCGGGUUGGGACCCAGACAGUCCUUGGUCCCUCUGCUUUGGCCUGUUGGUCAAAGACGACACUUUCUGGUCGGAGCAAGUGCGCCACCCAGCAUCAGCGUGGUUAGCCGCUGGAGGUCGAGGAGCUCUACUGGCUCCGGCGGAGACAAUAGCUUCUACCCAUCUUGCAGGCGGGGGUGAGGCGCUACACACUCCAAAGGAGGAUACAGAUCGAAGGCGCCAAGCCAACCGUGACAAGAGGGCAGCCCGUAAGAAGAGGUGGGCUGAAGAUAGGGAGGAGCUGACCAAGCUGAAGGCGCAGAAAGACAGUCAUGGACGUCCUGGAGGAAAAGGCACGGGGAAAGGCAAGGCCAAAGACAGAGCAGGGGCAGAGAUCUGCUUUAGCUGGGCCCAGGGAAAGGGGGCCUGCGCUGACGUCCACGUCGGCGGCGAGUGCAAAGGAAAAGUUCGAAGGGCCCACAAAUGUCAGAUUUGUUUGUGUCAGAGGACCAAGCCGGCCGCGGCCAUGGAGCCGGGGGAAGAAGUCGACUGGGACCCCGACGAUACCAGCAUCAUCGAGGGGGAGUGGAACCAAGGGGCCCUGGAGUUGCUGAAAAGAGACCUGGACUACGCGCAGUACAAGAGCGAGCGCAUUUUCAAGUUUGUCCACUUGUUUUCAGGGCCCAAGGACGUGCUGAAGGAGGCGCUGGAGCAGGAGGCAAAGAAAGAGGGCGUACGGAUCGAGGUGGCAUCGUACGACAAGUUGGGAGCCAAUGGCCACGACCUUGCUGCAGAUGAACCCUUUCUGAGCAUCGUGGGCGAUUCAGACAACAUAGAUGGAUACCACAGUGGGUAUCCAUGUGGCUCCUUCUCCAUGGUCAGGAGCAAGGAGGGAGGACCCCCUCCGGUAAGGUCAAGAGAAUGGCCUCAUGGGCUGCCAUCCAACGACGCCAGUCAACAAAGAGAAGCUGACACUGGCACCAUCCUGGCGGUGAGAUCGGCCAUCAUUGCCGCCAAGGUGCUGGGGAUAGCCAGCGUAGGUCCGGACCUACCUUCUUGGGAGUUGGCCGAGCUGCAGGAGUUCCUAAAGCAGUAUGAAGCUCAGGUGGCGAACUUCAACAGCUGCAUCCAUAUGGAAGGGAAGCAGCGAUGGUGGAAACCGGCGCGCUGGGCCGGAAGGCUGCAAGGCCUGGAGGGCCUGAGCGGGAAAUGUCAGUGCCCCUCCUGGGUAUCGCACGUGACGCUGCUGGGCAAAACCAGGACUGCGGCGGCGGAGUACCCCAUGACCCUGGCCAAGAAGUAUGCGGCGCUGGUCAUCAAGGUGUUCAAGCAGAACCUGCAGUUGGAGUUCUGGAGGUACAAGUGCCAGACGAAGGCAAUGGAGUUGAGCCAGCUUCAGAAGAACCGGGUCAAAAGCCGAGAAGCCAAGACACCCAGCCCGGUCACUGACAACAUGCAGGUGGUCGGAUCGAAAAGAGCCUGGCAAGCUGGAGACGUGGCUAAGGAUCUGGGCCCCUCACAACAGCAGACGUCGAAGAAGGCCAGAAAGGAGAAGGAGAAUGACUUCUUCUUGGGAGGGAUGAGGAACCCAGAUCUGGCAGUGAGGAAGAUGCACAUGGUGCGCACCGUUGGGGCCGACAUAAGCCGAGCCUGGAACUACUUCUUGGAGGCUUGGACCAAGGCCCUGGAGAAGCUGCUCAAGGCAAAAGAGUUUGACGAUGUCGUCAUGAAGGAGGAGUUCGAAUUCACCUCACCCCUCAAUGCCAAGCUCUGGGAGGCUUGGAUCAGAGCAGCAGGGGAUCCGGAGUGCAAUGUGGUGGACUGGAUCAGGAGAGGGGUGCCCCUGGGGAUGAACUGCAAGAUCCCCACGUGCGGCAUCUUCCCGGAGACCUGGGAGGAGGACACCGUAAUGGGAGAAGCUCCGGCCAUAGACCUCAUGCGGGACACGCGCAACUACUCCAGCUUCUACGACUUGAUCGAGGCAGCAGAAGAGGAGCUGGGGCGCUACGUCCAAAAGGGCUUUGCCGUCAUCAAGGACAAGGAGUGGAUAGCACAUCGCUUCGGGUCCGGGACGGUUAGCAAGAUGGCCCUCAUACAGAAGACGAAGGAUGAUGGACGAGUCAAGAACCGGGUGGUGGUCGAUCUGCUGCGGAGUGGCGGCAACGCCAGGGCGGUGGUUCCAGAAAGACUCGUGCUUCCCAGGGUCAUCGACGUGCUGGAGGGGGCCAGACGUUUGAAUGCCAACUCCACGGAGUACAUCAAGGCAGCCAAGAGGGAAGGAUGGAUGCCGGACAAGGAGGAGGACAUGUACCAAUGGGAGCUGGUCGGGGCAGACCUGCAAGACGCCUUCUGCCACUUUCCGGUGGCCUUGCAAGAAGUGGCCAACUGCAUCUGCCCGGGGGUCAACCAGAACCAGUUCGUGAUGUACACCGCCCUCCUCUUUGGUUUCAAGGCGGCACCUCUGCUCAUGGCCAGGCUAUCAGCCUUGAUGUCCAGGUUCCUUCAGAGCCUGUUCUUGCGGGGCGAGGGGGUCUUGCAGACGUACAUGGACGACCCGCUCUUCAUCUUGGCGGGGCCAAUCGUCAGAAGGAACAGAACGUUGGCCCUGGUACUAUACUCCCUCUACGCCUUGGGGGUGAACGUGGCCUUCGCCAAGGGCGAGAGAGGGCUGCGAGUCAACUGGAUUGGGGUCAGCUUCGAGUUGGACUUGCCCAGGGAGCACAUGAAGCUGACCGUGUCGCAGCGCAUGGUGAAGGAACUCUUGGUCAAGAUGAAGGACUGUGAAGGGGCUGGAAUGAUCGGCCUCAAAGAGCUGCGAGCUACGACAGGGAAGUUGUCGUGGGUGGCCGGCAUUCUCCCAAGGAUGCGCUGGGCGGUGAGCAUCAUGUAUGCGGUGGUAGCCUCGGCAGAGAGGGACGCCAAAACAGGGGCCGAAGAAGACAGGGCGGCAAAGAGGGCGAAGGACAACAGGCCCAAACCGGUCGCAGUGGCCAGGUUCGAGCUGCCAAGGGCUUGGCUGAUGAAGCUGCUCUCACAGGCCGACAACCUGUUGCUGCGCUCAGAGCCCCUAUACCCGGUGAUGCCCGAUCUGGCCAUCGUGACGGACGCGUCACCACAGGGCAUCGGGGCGGUACUAUGCCGCGUGGACGUCAAGCAGAACCAGAUUUUCCCAUGGGCGGCCCUGGAAAUCGCCCUGAGGCAAGAGAAUGCCGAAUGGCUGGGCGUCCCCUGGAAGGAGGCAGCCUCCCAAGGAGCUCUGGAGGCUUGGGCGGUGCUGCUGGCAGUGCGUUUCUGGAAGACGCGGCUGAUCCAGAUCGCGCUGCUGCUGAAGUCAGACAGCACAGUAGCUCUUGCCAUGGCUGCCAAGUUGAGCAGCCCGAGCCCCGUGAUCAACUGGAUUGGGGCUGAGCUGGCGCUGAAGCUCGAGGUGUUGGGCAUCCCCAAGCUGGUGGGGCACCACAUCCCUGGCCAAUUGAAUCAGGAGGCCGACUGGCUCUCCAGACCUCAUGAACGUCCUGCAGAAGUUCCGGCCAGGCUGAAAGGGGUGAAAAUCCACCACUUUGACGGGGAGGCCAGAAGGAGAGCCAUGGCCCUGGGCUCUGAUUUUCGUCCUCUUGGGAUGGGUCGGGCUGGCUUGGAUGGCUGGCCGCGUCUGCCUGACGGGCGGACGCCUGCUGAAAGAGGGCACGCGCUGGGCAUUGGAGACAGGAGGGGCGUGCAUGGAUCUUUCAAGGACUUCCUGCAGAACCAGAGUGCCUUCGCAGUGGGCCCGAUCUGGACCUGGCGAGAGGGAGCAGGACAGAAUCUUGGGAAGGGGAAAGGUAACCCCUUGGGGGAGACUACCCAGCAUACGCCCACAGAAGGGCAAGGAGCCCGAAGAGGUCAGAGGGCCCCAAAACGGCAUCGGAAAUCAUGGGGCUCUGGAGGUAUCACGUUCUGGUCACGGUCUUCCUGCAGAAGUUCGACUCGAGGUGAAGAAAGGCUCCUUUGCCAAGGCCUUGGAAGUGGCACGCAGCAGAGACCUGCGGGGCAAGCCUGGAAAGAACUCAACAAAGGGUUUUGGACCAGCAACACGGCAGCGGUGAAGAGGUCUCGCAGAGAAGAGGUCAUGAAGUUAGCAUCUCUGGUGGCCGGGAACCGAGACGUGUUGCCGCUAAGCAGGCAGACAGUGGAAUAUGUGGCCGCCGCAUUAAAGGCGGGGGGAUUGGCUUCGGCCGACCAAUACCUGAACGAGCUGAAGCUGUUGCACGUGGAGGCUGGUUACAGCCUAGAAGCUUGGCUGGCGCGCACCUUUCAGCCGUGCAAGAAAUCGGUGGUCAGAGAAAGGGGCCCCAUUAGAAGAGCUCCAGAGGUGGAUCUUGAUUCCCUUCCUGCAGGAGUUUGGGACAACGACAUAGCAGCAGCUGUGCCCUUGUGCGCCUGGGCUUAUGCGUGGGGCGUGGCCUGGAUGCUCAGAGAGGUCGAGCUCUCGAAGGUGAAGUGGGAACACGUCACAUGGAACAGGGCCACCAAAACGGUCCGUUUGUACAUCCCCCACUCGAAGAUGGACCAGAAGGGGCUUGGCGUGGCAAGAACGCUACAGUGCUGCGGGGAAUCUCCCUGCUGGAGGGGCUGCGCCUGGGCCAUCAUUCAGGGCCUUCUCGAACGUCGGGGUCGUCGUGCAGGGUAUGCGGAUGAGUUUAUGUUCACAAACUCGGUGGGAGCAAAACCCACCAAAAGUGAAAUGGUGUCGUCAUGGAGAGCCAUGACAGACGGCGAUAUCGCUGGACACUCCGCAAGGAGAACGGGGGCCAUGGCCUACGUCAGGAGAGGUAUGGGAAUCAGAGAGCUUGCCUUCCUGGGUAGAUGGCGAUCGGCGGUGGUGCUGACAUACGCUGAGGAGGCGCUGGAAUCCACACCGGCCAACAGACCCGGGGUCACCACAACGGUGGACGGAAGCGCAGCCCCGGGUACCCCAUGCCCUGGCACUCCCGCCAGAUUGAUCAUGACCCCAGUGGUGGAGGCGAGACCUCGCAGAGAUGGACGUGCUGCAGGACAUCUUGAAGUGACAAGGCCCAAGGCAAAAUCGCUCUGGGUGAAGUCGACAGAGAGGGGUGGCUCCAACCCCUUACACUUCAUAUCCAACGCCGACUGGAGCUUGCCCAUGAAAGAUUGGACGACGGCAUGUGGCUGGUCGUUUGCAAAGAGAUCGGCCCACAUAUCCUUUGUCACGGACCCCUCCCUGAACGUCUUGAAGUGCAAGAAGUGCUUGGGGUUAAAAGGUCUGCGCGACGAGGUCAAAGGGGGUUGCAGUCCAGCCCAACUUGUGGCUGCAGACCUUGGACAUUUGGCCAGCACAGACAGGCAUAUUGGUCGCUAUUUGACCUCAUCUGGUGGUGCCGCGUUGCCAGUGCUGGAGCUUGCCAUUUUGCUGGCGUCGCUGGUGAUGAUUCCACUGGGCGCAGAGCCGUUGCCACGUUUGGCUCUGAUACUGGAGGACGCUGGUCCCCUCCUGGCCAUCAUUGCUGGAGCCAAGGAGAUGGACCUGGCACAACAACUCGCAGAGCUAGAAGGCUGCCUUUUGAUGCGAAACUCGGAUCUUUGCACCAUGCAGCAGGAUCCACCGGCGAUAUCACUCCGAUCCUUUGCACCAGAUGCCGUCAAUGUUUCGCACAUUUUCUUUACUUCUGGGAGCGCUGGACGUCCCAAGGGCUGCGUUUGUAGCUUUGGGAAUCUGCUCUCCUACUGCAAAGCCAAGAAUGAAAUUCACCAGGUGGAGGAAGACAGCGUAGUCUUUGUCGCAAGUGCCCAUACGUUUGAUCCGUCGCUGGGUGACUUCUUUGCCACCUGGCUGGCUGGAGCUUGCAUUGCACUUGCGCCACUGGAUUUUCCUUUGGGCCGCUGUUUGGAGGCGACCAGUGCCACCCACGUGCAAGCGACCCCUGCGCACUUUGCCACAGUAGAGGCUGGCCGAACACUGGCCCUUCGCACCGUGGCAUUAGGAGGCGAGCUGAUGCCGCAGCAGAUUGUGGAUGACUGGGCUGGAAGAGUACGUUUGUUAAAUACCUACGGAGUGACCGAGUGCACUGUGUACCAGGCCGCAGCUGUGCUUUCACCUCAGAGCUCUAGACGUGAACUGGGGAAUCCGUUUCCAGGGCUCAGUCUCUUUUUGGCAGCAAAGAAAGGUGAUGAUCCCUGCGACUGCGUCCAGGAUGGGAGUGGCGAGAUUGGAGAGCUGUGGAUCGCAGGACAGCAAGUUGGCCUCGGCUACUUGAGGCGCCCCGAGCUCACAGAGGAACGUUUUAGAGAUGUGCCAAAGAUGGGGCGAUGCUUCCGCAGUGGUGAUUUGGCUGUUGCAAAGGACACAGCAAGGGAUGGAGGUCGUGGCUGGCAUCUUCUGGGUCGUCGAGAUGGAAUGGUGAAACUGCGUGGCCGGCGCGUUGAACUGGGAGAGAUUGAGGAGGUGAUCCUGGCUGCAGCGCCGGAUGUCCUGGUGUCAGCUGCGGCAGUGCUGGCAGAGAAAUUGUUGCUGCUGUACUGCGUCUUGCGAGGAGAUUUGAGCGAAGCGGUGCAGAAAGUCACUUGCAGUUUCUUGCGGCGUCAAUGUGAAGAGCGGCUGCCGCAGCACAUGGUUCCGGCACGUGUGCUGGCAAUUGAUGAGCUACCCCUGACCUCAAGUGGGAAGGUGUCGCGCCGUCAGUUGGCACAACUUCCUCUGCCCUUGGAAAACGUUGCCCUGGCACCAGCUGUUUGCACGGGAGCCGCUGAGAUUGUAGCAUCCGCCUGGCGCGAGGUGCUGGGCGUGGCGGUGAAGACCAAUCGUUCCAAUUUUCUGGCACUGGGAGGUGACUCCAUGGCGGCUCUACGGGUGUGUCAACUUCUUGCCACGAGGUGUGGAGCAAAGACUGGCAAUUUUGGGGAAGAGCUCCCAGAGCCACUGCUUCCAGUUCAUUUGCUCAACAGGCCCUGUUUGGCGGAUUUCCUUCAGCAUUUGCAGAGAUCCCAAGCAUCCCUGGGUGCCCUGCUUGCGGAGCAAGAGGUGGCUGACAAGGACGUUUCUCAAGAUGAGAUGGACGAUCCUGAGAUCUGCGAAGAGCUGUCCACGGAUGUUGAGAUCCUGCAACAUGCAGCUGGCUUAGGUGCCAUUGGUGUAGUCCAAUGCUUCCUGAAGGCACAAGGGUCACAGACUCCUGCAACUCUGGGCGAACUUGGGACAAGGACUCCCCUUCAUGCCGCGUGCAUGAAUGGUCAAGUUGAAGUGGCAAAGCUGCUGCUGGAAGCGCGAGUAUCGCCCAUUUCUUCAGACGGAAAGGGUGUGCAGCCCUUGCAUUUGGCUGCACAGGGAUCCGUGGAGGUCCUGCAGCUGUUGCUAUCUGCCCGUGCGAAGUUGGAUGCCACGACUCACGACAAGCAGACAGCUCUGCACUUUGCUGCUCGCUCUGGUGCGUCUGGAGCCAUGGUGGAUGAGCUUUUGCAGCCUGCAUCCACGAGGAAAGGCAAGGGCAAAGGUGGACCAUCUGCAUCACCAGCGCUGAAGGUGGAUGUCAGAGACUCAUGGGGCCGCACCCCGUUGCAUUGGGCUGUUGUCAAUGGCCACAGGUCGAUGGUCGUGAAGCUUCUGCAUGAAGGCGCUGACCGAACUUUGUCGGACCACUUGGGCGAAACUGCCCUGGCCGUGGCCGAGCGACGGGCACAGUGUCGUGCACAAGACCGGCCAGCGGAGAUGGGUGCGUCGGUCUUUGGCGACAUUGCCACCCUUCUGGGUGGAUCUGCCAGCACUGCCAAGUCGUAACAUGCGAAAAAAAUAGGAGCG